AUGGCCCUUAACAACUACAAGGACGGCAGAGUUUUGCAGAUUAACGUGGGGAGGGCCAGGCUAGCGCAUGACCUAACCCACGUGAAAGCUGCGGAGCUCGAAGCGGAUCUUCUCGUUGUUGCCGAACCAAACAAGAAACUGACUGAGGGAUGCGGGUGGGUACAGGACAAAAGUAAGGAUGUGGCGGUGUUCUUCAGAAACAGGGAUGUCGGGGUACGGAAAAUCAUUCGAGAAUCGGGCUACAUCGUGGUGGAGCUUAACAGCGAAAUUGCGAUAGUGGCCUGUUAUAUAUCCCCCAACAUCCCUGUUAUAGAAUACAGGAAAAAAGUAAAAAACAAAGUGAACGCCGCCAUCAAACAAAGAAAUUACUUGAUCGUUGGGGACAUCAGCGCGAAAUCGUCCCAGUGGGGUUCCCCAAUCAAUGAUGAGAGGGGCGACCUGUGGGAUGACUGGAUGGCCCAACUUAAUAUAAUAUGUAUAAAUAACGGAAAGCCAACAUUCUUAAGAGGCGCUAGCAGGAGUCACAUUGACGUGACUCUUGCUAUCAUCACCCCAUACAAUCUGAGUGAAGAGCAGCGGCUAGAGGCCGCGUCGCUACUCUUUCCAACAAAAAAGAAAGAGAAAUUUCAAAAGGAGAGCGACGCGGAUAUACCAUUAUUUACAACGGAGGAAAUCCUAGCCGCUGCAAAGGAAAUUAAACAGGGUAAAGCCCCCGGCCCUGAUGGCCUGCCACCAGAGAUAGUCAAAACCCUGAUUACUACGCAGCCGGACCUAAUAAAAACCGUCUUUAACGAACUACUGUGUAGGCAAAAGUUUCCCAAAGAACUGAAAAUAGCGAAUUUGGUUUUGUUACUCAAACCUGGGAAACCCCCCGAUUCGCCGGCCUCUUACAGACCGGUAUGUUUGUUAAACUGUCUGGGAAAAUACUACGAAAUUUUAAUAAAAAAGCGAUUAGAGAAAUUCCUGGACAGCAAAACAGCUCUCUCCAAACAGCAAUACGGCUUCCGCAGAGGUCGAUCAGCAGUUGACGCCGCAAAGUGGGUACACGACGCGGCGAAAGCUUCCAAAAAAAGGUGGGUAGUCCUAAUAAUGCUAGACAUACAAAAUGCAUUCAAUUCGGCAAACUGGGAACUCAUAAUACAGGAACUAAAUAAAAUAGAGACCCCAGUAUACUAA